UUAUUCUACGAUUCCACUGAUUGUGAAAUCACAUUGAAAUCACUUGAAUCACGUGACGCUAAUAUGCUGGUUCACUCUUUGAACGUGUAUUUUUUAUCUGUUUGUUAAGAAGCAUGACGGAGAUUGUUAAGAAGUUGGAUGAGCAAAAGAAUCAUGCUCUGACAGUGAGCAACAUAUUUGUUCCAUCCGUGAAGAUCAAUGUAUGAAACUCAAGGAUUGACAAGGAUUAUUGCAAGAGGCUGAUAAUGAAGGACCCUGUUGGAAAUGUGCACAAAAUAGAGGAACUUUUGUGGAGAAAAGCCUUUUACGAUGUUGUAUACACAGCCAAAAAGUUACGGAAGGGUAAUACCUGGAAUGAUAUGGAAAAAAUGCUGCUUUCGGCCCAUCUGUUGGUGACUGUAGGAUAUUAUCAUCAUUUGAUAAUAAGGCUACAAAUGGAAUACGAUCUAGACCGUGUUGCAUCAGCUCAAGAAAAGAAUACUAUUGAAGACUUUGUCUCGAGCGUGCUGCACAUCAGUCGCAUGUGCGUAUUCACAAAUACGGAGCUGGGAAUGUACCUCAAGCUUU